AUUCGUCUUCGAAAUGUCCGUUAUCGGUCGUAUCUCCUUACUCAGAGCCGAUAUAACCAAACUAGGGGACGUAGAAGCUAUAGUAAAUGCCGCCAAUGAAAGUCUCCUAGGAGGCGGUGGUGUGGAUGGACAAAUACACAAAAUAGCUGGUCCGCAAUUGCUGGAAGAAUGCCGGACAUUGAGUGGCUGCAAAACUGGUGACGCUAAGCUCACAAAGGGUUACAAUCUCCCAGCAAAAUACGUCAUCCAUACUGUUGGGCCUCGCUUUACCAACAGCAACCGCGAGGAACUCCUGAGAAGUGCCUACAGACGUAGCUUAGAGGUGGCACACCAGAAUGGUAUCAAGAGUCUCGCUUUCCCAAGUAUAAGCACAGGUGUAUUUGGAUAUCCAAUAGAGCAAGCGAGCGUAGUCGCUAUCAAGACAGUCAAGGACUUCUUAGAUGCUCAUAAGGAGAUUGAAAAAGUCACCUUUGUUCUCUUCUCAGAGGGCGAUCUUAGUGUUUAUAAAGAUAAUUUGAAUGCUGUAUGAAUUUCUAAGUCGCGUAUAUUAUGAUGAAUGGUUUCUUUCUAAGACCUGUUUUAGAUAUUUCAGCACUUCUCGCUAUUGUCUUUCUCGGAAGCUGAAACGUUUUCUUGACGUUGUUGAUAUAAGCCUAAAAUGCAUUUAUAUACCAUUGCUAAGGAUAUCAAGAUAGUCAGUUCAACGUAGCAUCGUUCGUAUAGCAUCAUCGUGUAUCCUAUCAAAAUGAAAGUAUAUAGUAUUCUAUUGUACUUGGUUUCGCUUUUUAAUUUGCUUAUAUCUCCUCCUUCUGUGCUAUCAUAUCUGCGUAAAUCCCUGCACACUUUCUCUUCUCUAUGAUAUCGCAUCUGAGCGUUCGGUAGAAGAUCGUGGUUGACUAAUAAGAAUAAUAUCCGUUGAUUCAUCCAAAUGCGU